AAAGGGGAAUCUCUGCGUCAUGCGCAGUGACGUCACGGGAUCUCCUAGUACCUGAGUACUGCGCUGGAGCUUCUGCAUAAUAUCAGCUGGUCCCUGUCAGCGUCGCUUGCCUCUUUACAGCCCACAUGCGCCACAGCUGCUUUUCCUCUGGAGCUGAGGAACAGCACGGAUACUGCAGCGGGGGCAGUGUUGAGCUUUGCUGCUAAAGUCUCACUCGCAGGCACUAAGAGUUGCCAAAGCAGAAGCAUCUCGUUAUCCGCCGCCCCCAUGACCUGAAUGAUGGGGCGGGAGCUACCGGGAAAUCGGGACUAGAAUUACCUCAGCCCUGGAUGCUGUGACUGGAAAGCGUCAAGUACGUGGAGGAGCUGAAACCCAGAGCGCAGGAUUUAUAGGGGGUAUUCUGUGGUGAAUGCCCUUUGCCACUGCAAUCACCAUUCAUGUAUCAUACUGAUCGCGGGGUCUGCACUUCCGAAUACAGCAGCCAUUACUGAUCACUCAGUAUAGGAAAUGUAAUUUUAAGUCAUGUGUUGUGUAAUUUUCAAGAACAUGACUGGUUGUUCCUAUUGAUUGGUAAUUUUACUGGCUCUUUGAGAGAGUAUCGAAAAUGAGUAAUGAGUGGGGCUUAAAGACGAUCUUGUAAAUGUAUAUUUUAUCUGUAAUGGCAGAUCAUCCGCCUCAUCCGCUGGACAGCACAACACUCCUAACCACAGAGAUACCUCUUCUCCCUGCACCCAUUGUUAAUGGAGAAGGAGGUCAACAGGUUAUUCUGGUGCAAGUUAAUCCAGGGGAAGCUUUUACAAUAAGAAGAGAAGAUGGCCAGUUUCAGUGCAUCACAGGCCCUGCUCAGGUUCCAAUGAUGUCUCCAAAUGGCUCUGUUCCCCCCAUAUAUGUGCCUCCAGGAUACGCUCAGCAGGUAAUUGAGGAUAAUGGUGUGCGUAGAGUUGUAGUGGUUCCACAACCCCCUGAGUUCCAUACAGGCAGCCAUGCAGUCAUACAUCGGCCUCCUCCUCCAAUACCAGGAUUCAUUCCUCUGCCGGCUAUGAUGCCUCCCCCACCUCGGCAUAUCUACUCACCAGUGACUGGAGCAGGAGAUGUUGCCUCCCAGUAUACCCCACAGUAUCACCCUGCACAGGUAUAUGGAGAUCUGGAUGCUCUUUCUACACAUGGACGAUCUAACCUCAGAGAUGAAAGAUCCAGCAAAAUACACGAACGACUCCAGAAAAAACUUAAAGACAGACACGGAGUACAGAAAGAGAAGCUGAACAGCCCCCCAUUCUCACCCAAGAAAAGCACUUCUCCAAUAAAUGAAUCAAAUGGACUUAUAAAAGGCCAGAAUUCAGGCUUAAAUACAGGACAAGCAAAGAACAAGCACAAAGGAAAAGGUGGCUCUUCAGGGGAAACAGAAUCACAAGAAAAAGAUGAUGAAACAAAGGCAAUAGAAGCACUGCUCUCAACAGUUUCCAAACCUGUGGCAUCAGAUAUUCAGGCCAGGUCUGUAGCAUUAUCAUGGUCAUCACCUUCCAGCCUUAUCAGUGAGGAAAAUGAUGGGACAUGCAGCCCUAAACCAUACACUUAUGAAGUCCUGUUGUCAAGCAGUGGGAAAGAUGGAAAGUACAAGGUUGCCUAUAGUGGAGAGAAGACCAGUGUUACCAAGGAUGACUUAAGACCUGCAACAGAUUAUCAUGCAAGAGUUCAAGCUGAGUCUAACUGUAUUAAGGGAAGCUUGUCAGAAGCAGUCAGUUUCGCCACGCUGAGCUGUGAACCGGAAACACCAAAUAAUCCACGAAUAACCAAUCGGACCAAAAAUUCACUCACUCUCCAGUGGAAGGCAUCAUGUGACAAUGGCUCUAAAAUAGACCACUAUCUUCUGGAAUGGGAUGAAGGAAAAGGAAACAAAGAGUUCUGCCAGUGUUACGAUGGACCACAGAAGCAGUUUAGGUUAACAAAGUUGUCUCCAGCAAUGGCAUACACAUUCAGACUUGCAGCAAAAAAUGAUAUGGGCAUGAGUGGUUUCAGUGAAGAAGUUCUAUUUUACACCUCAGGCAGUGCUCCUACCACGCCAGCAAGUCCCACAUUAAAUAAAGCAGGAAUAAGUUGGUUAUCCAUGCAGUGGUCUAAACCCUCAGGUACACCAUCUGAUGAAGGAAUUUCUUAUAUUUUGGAAAUGGAAGACGAAACUUCGGGAUAUGGAUUUAAGCCAAUGUACAAUGGUGAUGAUCUUACAUUUACAGUGAAAAACCUUAGAAGAAGUACAAAAUAUAAGUUUAGGGUCAUUGCAUAUAACACUGAAGGCAAGAGCAGCCCAAGUGAGGUGGUGGAGUUUGUGACGUUUCCAGACAGACCGGGAGCACCCUCAAAGCCUUCUGUCAAGGGGAAGGUCCAUGCACAUAACUUCAGGAUAGUUUGGGAUCCACCUAAAGAUGAUGGAGGAGCAUCGAUCACAAAAUAUGUUGUAGAAAUGUCUGAAGACAGCAAUGGAAAUAAGUGGGAUGUCAUAUAUAGUGGAAUGGCCCGAGAAUACCUGUGUGACCAUCUGAGUCCAGGCUCCACCUAUCACCUACAAGUCCAUUGCAUCAGUGAUGGAGGGAAGAGUCAGGUAUCCGACACACUGUCCGUGCAGACUCCAGCUGUGUUCCCUGGGCCCUGCCAGCCACCCAAGCUUCUAGGCAAAGCAAGAGCAAGAGAAGUGCAAAUGAAAUGGGCACCGCCACAGCUGGAUGGUGGUUCUCCAGUCACCUUCUACAGUCUGGAGAUGUUGCCUCCUGAUGCCAAUGAGCAUAGAGAAGUCUACCAAGGACCUGAACUGGAAUGCACAGUGACAAGUCUUCUUCCGGGGAAGGCGUAUAGCUUUCGACUGCGUGCUGCAAACAAAGCUGGGUUUGGUCCGUUUUCUGAAAAGUGUGAAAUUAUCACGGCUCCGGGACCACCAGAUCAAUGCAGACCUCCUCAAAUAACAUGCAGAUCUGCAACCUGUGUCUUUAUACACUGGGAGGCCCCCAACAACAAUGGUGCUGAGAUCACGGAGUACCGGGUUGAAUGGGGAGGAAUGGAAGGGUGCAUGCAGAUCUGCUACUGCGGGCCUGGUUUUAAUUAUGAAGUUAAAGGCCUUUCACCAGCAAUUGUUUAUUACUGCAGGGUUCAGGCUGUGAAUAUUGCUGGUGCGGGUCAUUUUAGUGAUGUGGUUGCAUGCCUAACUCCGGCAUCGGUCCCUGCUGCUGUGACAAGCUUGUGGGGAGUGAAGGAAGAUGAAGUAAACCAUUCAAGUUACUGUCCUUCUACUUGCCUUGCAAUACAGUGGGAAAAACCAUGUGAUCAUGGGUCUGAGAUUACUACUUACAGCAUAGACUAUGGGGAUAAGCAGCCAAUUACUGUUCACAAAGCAACGAGCUACAUUCUAGAUAAUUUACAGCCAGACACAACGUACAGAAUACGGGUUCAAGCCCUAAACAGUUUGGGCGCUGGUCCUUUCAGCCAUUCUGUUAAAUUGAAAACCAAGCCACUACCCCCAGAGCCACCUCGAUUGGAAUGUGCGGUGUAUAGUCACCAGAACCUUAAGCUGAAGUGGGGGGAUGUCGCAUCCAGGACAUUACCCACAGAUUCCAUUCAGUAUCACCUUCAAAUGGAGGAUAAGAAUGGAAGAUUUGUAUCCUUAUAUAGAGGACCAUGUCACACAUAUAAAGUACAAAGGCUCAAUGAGUCCACGUCGUACAGAUUUUGUAUUCAGGCAUGUAAUGAGGCUGGCGAGGGUCCUUUUUCCUCAGAAUAUAUUUUUACAACUCCAAAAUCACUUCCAGCUGCCUUGAAAGCUCCAAGGAUCGACAGAAUAAACGAACAUACUUGUGAUGUCACGUGGGAGUCCUUACAGCCAAUGAAAGGAGAUCCAGUUAUCUACAUUUUGCAGUUAUUGGUUGGAAAAGACUCUGAUUUUAAACAGGUUUACAAGGGACCCAAUACAUCAUUCCGUCACUCUGCCCUUCAGCUAAACUGUGAAUAUCGUUUCCGUGUAUGUGCCAUUCGUCAGUGCCAAGAUUCUGCAGGACAUCAGGAUCUUAUUGGUCCGUACAGUGCCACCGUCUUCUUCAUUUCUCACCGAAGUGAACCACAAACCAGCACCAACAAAGACACUGUGGAAACCACAAGGACAACACGGACGCUUAGUGACGAGCAGUGCGCCGCCGUCAUCCUUGUGCUGUUUGCUACAUUCUCCAUACUGAUUGCCUUUAUCAUCCAGUACUUUGUUAUAAAGUGAGAGGAUCCUCCACUUAAAUCCCACCCUGCUCAUAUUUUUUUUCUCCCCCUUGCACAUCCCAAAUAGAUUACAGUUGUUUAUUUCAUGUGUUCCUAUACAAGAGGCGGCAGUUAGCAUAGCAUUGAGACUUCUGUUGCCAUAUUUGUUAGUCACAAUACUAAACCCAUAACCUGCUAAAGAAGGCACAAAGUCUGCCAUAGGCUGAUCUCUACACGUGAUGCCACUCAAUGCUAUUACACUUACAAUCAUUACGGCUCCUUCCAUGGAAUCAGGAUGGCAGUCGAGCAAGGGUAACAUAUUUACAGAGCUAUUUUUGAAGGACACCCAAAUUGCUGCAAAAAUGGGGGGAUACUGUGAAAGGUAUCUUAGCGCUGUAUUUCUACCUCCUCUGUGUCUUAAUUUCACCCUUCUACUGCCUGGUGCGUCGCUCAAUCCUGCAGGCUGUGGAAGAGCUUACAACUCAGGCAGGGACAAAAAACAAAACUGGAAAUUCUAGAGUAGUCUGGAAUAAAAAAAAUUAAUUUAAAAAUGCUUAGAAAAAAAGCUUUUAAUUUUUUUCUUUUUGUCAAAAAAGUAUUGACUGUAGCUAUUCAAUGUAUACUUAAUAUAGUAAUAACACUGGGAAGAAAGGAAAUCAGGGCUAAUUAAAAGAGGCAGAUAUACAGCAACUGGGAAUGGUUUUUUUUUUCACCCAUUUGCACCUUUCAUUUUCUGUGUAAUAUUUCCUGCCAGCAUUAUUUUCUGCUUUAAUAAAACCCAUUGAGCUUAGGGUUCCUGAACUGCUGCUUUUCAAGCUUUAGGCAGUUGCAGUUCCCAACAUUCUCAGCUGGAGGGAUACUGUGAGCUCAAAGCAGUUUAAGGGCCAGGCGUUCGGUACCCUGCUUUUAGGCAUUAUGCCCCCUCCAGCCUCUCCAAAGGGUUAACUAUAAUCAUUUCCAGGGCUGUCUGCAGCACAUUUCUCCUCCAUGUUCUGGGAACAAUGUGGGAGUUAAUCAUUCAGGUAUGUUCCAGCACUUUUAUCUAAAGCAUAUGUAGGAAAGGAUGCUGUUGUGUAUCCAUUAAGCAAUUAAGCUCGAGCAUUGCCUUUUUUUUUAUCCUUUUUUUGUUUCCCCCUCUCACCAAAACCUAAAAACAGAACUUUGUAAUUUGCACCAAGAAACUUUUUAAGCUGCUUUAUUCCUUGAUAAAUCAGAGACUGAUGUUUAUUGUUCCGUCUGUCGAGAAUCCGUACCAAAUUGUUGUUUGCAUGUAGUUAACUGUUGCAUAGAAGCACUUUGCAUCAUUCCUCGUUCUGUGAGCUUGCCAUUUGUGCGUCGUUGGUUGGUCGGUCGGAUCGAUGUAUGAACAGCUGCUUGAGUACCCACUAACUGCCAGUUUCCUCAAGCUUCUCUCCUAUUAACUCACCUUUGUCCUUUCCCCUUUUCUUUUUAAUUUAUUGUACCAUAAUAGUGAUUCACUAAUCUUUUUUUUAGUUGUUUUGUGGGAAUCACAUUUUUAAUUGAAAAUUGCACCUAUUGGUUUAAACAGCUGUAUCAUGCUUUGAAGAUCUCCGAAGAAUCGUAACUACAAUAGAAGUGGGCAUGUAAUGUAAUCGUUCCUGUGUCAAAUAAUCUGUGAUGUAGAAUAUGUUUUUUGUUACAAGAAAUUAUAAAUUUGGGUUUUUCUGAUGGUAAAAAUUCUCUGUCUUUGAUAUGUGAUGUGUGAUUACUUUUCUUUUUUUUCUUUCUUACAAGCACACACUCACACUCACCAACACACACACUCACUAACACACA